AUGUCGAAAAUAUACAUUCUGGGUCUUCUAGUUCUUGCUGGUGCUAUUCUCAAUUUAGUUGGAGUAUUCACACCGUGCUGGUUGUAUGCUAGCGACGGAUAUGAAAGUGAAUGUGCUGGAAUUGUUCCAUUCUAUUCGACCGAAGUGGCGUGGUUCGCUGCAUCCAGUUGGCUAAUGUUUAUAACUGUUGCCUUCACGCUUAUCAUUAUUCUCACUUAUUUGACAGUACAUGCUGAUGUAGUCCGUCAUGGUUUUUCCUGCGGCUCCCGGAACUAUCUCAGAAUUAUUUCCGGCUGCGCAUUGAUGAAUGUUCUGUUGACUGUUUCUGCAGUCACUGUAAUCGGAGUGUACCUUUCUAAGUACUCUGACGUAUAUUACUAUGGUAUCACAUAUAAUUUGGGCUACUCCGCGUGGAUUUCUGUCGGAGCCGGUGUCAUCUUCUUGAUAGUGUUUGGCUUAUCCGCACUUAUUUCACAUCGGGAUUGCUGUUAA